UCUAUGGGGAGAUCUAAAAUGGCACUCAACACGCAUGCGUAAAAAUAUAACUAUGCGGCUAAACAUUCUUCCAUAAAAAUAUACUAUCUACGCAUAAUGGAGAUCACAGUUUUUAAUUUCGUUAUAGUGAUUUUCAACAUUUUCGGUAGAUUUUGUAGUGUUAAACCUACCAGUGAUUUUAUCCAGUUUAGAAGAAUCAACGCUUUAGAUGGGAUAACAUGUCAGGCUUCCCAAAAUAUGUUUAAUGUAACAGAGGUACAAAGUGGAAUCAAGUGCUCACUGCUUUGUACAGAAGCACAGGCGUGUGUUGGAGUGUUUCAUCAGGCGCAAACAAAGGAAUGCUUUGGCUGCAGUUCUUUCACAGCAGACGAGACACUGUCACGUGCGGGAACAAGGUUCUAUGGACGAGUUCCUGGGACAAAUGUUGCAGAGGGCAAGCAGACGACAAUGUCAAGCGUUUCGAGCAAACAUGUAAAUUAUGGUGGAGACAAAGGUGUAGAUGGCAUCACGAACCAAGAUCUUUGGCAAGGCUUCUGCUUUCAUACAGAAUAUGAGAGUAGCCCCUGGUGGCGAGUAGAUCUUGGAGCCAAAUAUGGAAUUUUCAGUGUCAAGUUAUAUAAUAUUUUGAAUUCCGGAGGCGUAUGGAAGGCUAGGGACCUGAGGCUGAGCAUAGGAAUAACCCUUGAGACUAUGGACAUUGUUGGCUCUGUGCUAGGACAGAUUGACGACAUUCAUACCUUCAACUUCUCUGCUGGUAUUGAAGGCAGAUACGUUCAGGUGACACUCAUGGGAGCAAACGUUCUGCAUCUCUGCGAGAUACAAGUCUUUGGCUUUUCAGUUUAAUCUUCAAAUCGUCCUGCAAGCACACGUGACAAAGGUCAAGCACACGUGACAAAGGUCUUCGUUCAAUCGUCAAAACGUUUACAUGAUGGCUUUGGGACAUGCUAAAGAUUCGUAUUGUGGAGAUGUAUCAUUUAGUUUGAAACGUACUUUUAAAAACACGAUGUAACACUAGCAUUUAGUUUGAAACAUACUAUACAACACCACGUGACACUGUAGCAUUUAGUUUGAAACAAACAGUAAAAUCACGAUGUAACACUGUAGCAUUUAAUUUGAAACAUUCUAUAAAAACACGAUGUAUCAAUAUAACCCUUUACUUGGAACACAUGUUGUCUUUGGUAAUGGAGUGCUAGAGCAAAAACAAAAUACAAGGAAUGAAAAUAGUUAAAUAAUUCCUAUUUCUUUUUCAAUUGUUCUAAUUGGUUUCUGAAACUGUAAUGAUUUAAAUACCUAGAAAACGUUCUUUCACUCAUCCUUCAUCUUCUCAUCUAUUUUGUAACUUUCGGAUUUGGACUGAAUCGGAAUUUGAAGCUGUUACUGGCGGUAGCUAUUUUAGUUGGUCGGUGUCUUUCUACUAAAUUAAAAAGAAAGUCUUAGUACGCAAAUUUACAAAAAGAAAUCUGUAAAAAGAUACAAGAUAUCAGUUGAAAGUUACGUCACGUAACAUUUCAUAGUGUGUCAGCAUUUUAUCCAUUCACCCAUUUUUGUAUCUGUUUCCCUGUGUGUACUAGGCUGAGCUCUCCUUGUGUCAUGCAUUUUCGCGACUUAAUCUAUCAUUUGAUAUGCUGCACAUUUCCUAAAUCAAUAUUUCUUAGUUCCGAGUAUUAAACCCAUGUUUAUGAAUUUAUUCAGAUACUGUUGCAAUCCACUCGUUUUUGUUGAAUUUAAUCUUACCUUGUUAAAGACAAAUGCAGUUGUCGUCGGCCGUGUUAUUUUUUAAUGUAAACAGUUGCGUAGCAACCUUUAAUCUGUAGAUAUACAGCUUUAAAGACAAGAACACACUAGAUAUCUGGCUUUCUUAUGAAACUGGGAAAGUUCCUAGGGCCGCAGCACACACCAGGACCCAUCUUAAAUAUCUGUCACUUUACAUUUGCUUGAAGAAUAUUGUCAGUGCUGAAUAAAAAUCAAAAGAAAAGUGGGGGUCAUGUUUGAUGCAAGAACAUUAUUUUCAGUCAAACAUACAAACUGCAAAAUCAGCUAAAGAAUGAGACCCCGAAGUUUAAUGGUAGUGUAUUAUCUAUGAUUCCAACACAAAGCCUGCAAUGCUAUCAUUUCAUUAUAUAAACGCCUCCUUACUGUUAAGUUUAGAUCUUUUAUGCGAUUUCAGCAAAAGAUUACAAGUAAAAUAAGGAUGAUUAGCUCUGCAGUGCACAAAAGUAGAACUAUUUAAAUGUGCCAUUAUGCGAUACCAUUUUUCGCGCCAUUUUCCUAUUUAGUGUCUGUAUGCCUAAAGACAGUAUUUCAGUCCCCAAACAUUACCUUUUUGUAAUGGAUGAUUUUACUGCAAAUUCUGAAUUUGAAUGCUGGGGAUUAGUGUUCUUGUUUUAAGCAUCUACUUGCACAACAGCACAGUUAUUUGCCCUUGGUUGGCCACAUUACGCGGGAAAUAGUUCGUCUGUUUGAUGUUAGAUAUUAAAGUUAUUAAUGAAUUUCCUGCAAUAAAAGAUAAGAUUUAUUAGAUGAGGUAUAAAAUUGUAUUUACAUGUAUACUUUGACAAGAUGAGAAUGUCACAAUAUGUAUGAUAUAACUUUUUGAUAGGGCCAGUUUUGCCCGUUUGCGGCCAUUUAGAGACUAGUCUUCAUACGCAUGUGAUUUGGUUCAAGAUGCUUGGGGGGAGGGGGGGAGGG